UUGGAGUUAAUGGAUCUAGAAGAACCCCAAGACUCAGAGAGUUCAGAAAAAUCAGAACCUUUCUCACGGCAAGAAGAAGAGGAGGAGGAGGAGGAAGAGGAGGAGGAAGAAAAGACAGGCCUUCUUAAUCCUCUCUUACAACCUGUUCUCACAGGGGAUGUAGAAGGUUUGCAGAAGAUUUUUGAGGAUCCAGAGAACCCUCUCUAUGACCAGGCUAUACAGCUCCUCUUGGAAAAAGACAUUGUUGGAAGAAAUUUGUUGUAUGCAGCUUGCAUGGCUGGGCAGAGUGAAGUGAUUAGAGUUUUGGCAAAAUAUGGCGUGGAUCUGAAUGACAACACAGCCAGAGGUUAUACACCCUUACACUGUGCUGCCGCCUGGGGUCGUCUGGAAACAUUGAAAGUGCUUGUGGUGGAACUGGAUGUUGAUAUAGAAGCUCUGAACUUCCGGCAAGAGCUAGCUCGAGACGUUGCUGCUCGGUAUUCCCAGACUGAGUGCGUUGAAUUCCUGGACUGGGCAGCUGCAAGGCUGGCUCUGAAAAGAUAUAUCGCAAAGGUCUCUGCCACUCUUACAGAAUCAGAAAAGGGACCAGGGAGACUCUUCAAAGAAGACAAGAAUAACAUCCUCACUGCAUGCCGUAUAAGAAGUGAGUGGUUGGAAACCCAAUUGGAAGCUUCGAUUGAUGAGAUUUUUGAGCAGAAACAACAAUUGGAAGAUAUUGUGACUCCUAUCUUCACAAAAAUGGCCACACCACGUCAAGUGAGAAGUGCCAAAUCUGUACAUGCCCUUGACCGGAAUCGAACCCAGGACCCCUCAGCCCGUAGGCUGACGCUCUAUCCACAAAGCCAAACCGGUUAGGGUGAAAGAAAAUAUUUUUUAAAAACCACAUUUAUUUGUUUUUUCUUAUAAGUUUCUCUUCUUUGUCUCACCCUGAAAGCUAGUUUUUAUGAUAGAGGCGAAGGAAAAGAAUAAGCAAUUCAGCAAUUCCAUCGCAGCUGUGGUUUUGAGGUAACACUAUUUUAAACUUGUCUCUCAAAUGUUAAAAUUUUGAGAUCUUUCUUAUGUCUGAGCGAUUCAGUGGCCUUAAGCAAAAGGACAGGCAGUACCCCUUACUCCCGUCUUCAGUAGAUGCCGCGGGCGUUUGGGGAGGAAUAGAGAGCAGGACCUCUGUGUUUGCUCUGUUCUCUCCCGUCUGUGUGUUGUGAGAAGUCCAUUACCUUUAAGCACUGCCGUAAAUUGGGACAAGGCCUGGGGCCAUGUUUGCUCUCUCUAAUUCUCCGUCUCUGAGCCUUGCUCUUGAAUAUGACAUUGCUCUCCAGGCAUAU